AUGGAGCCAACUGAUGUUGCUGAGGAUCUAUCAGAUCCCUCUUGGGUAAAUGCAAUGCAAGAUGAACUAACACAAUUUGAGAUAAACAAGGUUUGGGAACUUGUUCCAAGACCUCAUCAUUCAAAGACUGUGAUUGGAACCAAGUGGGUCUACAGAAAUAAAAUGGAUAAAAGAGGAGUUGUGACCAGAAACAAAGCAAGAUUAGUAGCUCUUGGAUACAGACAAGAAGAUGGAAUUGAUUAUGAUGAAACCUUUGCUCCUGUGGCAAGACUGGAAGCCAUCAAAAUGUUCUUGGCUUAUUCCCACACAAGGGAUUUAAGGUUUAUCAAAUGGAUGUGA